AUUCUCCGAAAAUAAAAAUAGAAAUGUAUCCGUGAAUAGCCGAAUAGGGAAGCGUGCCAGGGCUAUCUCAAUCUUCCCAUACUUAUCGAUCACGUCAUCAUCUCCUUUGUCCGAUACGAAACCGAACCUCCCUUCUUUAAAAUCCACACCUUGUCCGAAUCUCUCUCCAACCGCAAAAAAGAGAAAAAAAAUGGCGACAACACAGCUAAAAUCCGAUGCGAUCAUGGAUUUGAUGAAGCAGCAUCUCUCCACCGACGCCGGUAAAGAGCUCACAGAGAAGAUUGGUCUCGUUUAUCAGAUCAACGUCGCUCCCAAGAAAUUGGGGUUUGAAGAGGUUACCUACAUCGUUGAUCUGAAGAAAGGAGAAGUCACCAAAGGAAAAUACGAAGGAGGGAAAGUUGAUGCUACUUUCUCCUUCAAAGAUGAUGACUUUGUCAAAGUUGCUACCGGCAAGAUGAAUCCUCAGAUUGCUUUCAUUAGGUUUGUUCUUUAUUACAAGUGUUUUUCUUGUGUCUGAACCCAAAUUCAUCUCUGAGUCUCUAUGAAUGUUGAAUGUUUUUUUGGUGCAGGGGUGCGAUGAAGAUCAAGGGUAGUCUCAGUGCGGCGCAGAAGUUCACCCCUGACAUUUUCCCCAAGCCUUCAAAGCUGUGAACACAAGAAGAAAUGGUACUAGCAGACCCCUUUGACUCAGGCUCAAUUUAUGUCUCCUUCAAAGGGUUUGAGAGCUGGAUUAUUAAAAUGCAAUGUUUAAGAACUAGUCCCUAGACAAUAAAGGUCUCUUCUAAGUAUCGUCGUAUGUUUCUGGUUCAAUUGGUGUUUGGUUUAAUAAUAUUAAUACUUUUGCUUUGAAAUAGAUUUCUAUGUUGUCUGAACUUGCAAGAGUGUGUCAAUGCCUUUAUUUCCUACAAGUAAAUUAAAAAAAACUUCAUGCA